CGCGAACGCUGUACCUUGGCGUGGGGUCUCUGACAGCACGAUGAGACACUCCAAGAGAGCCUACUGCGCGGACUGGGACGAGAGGCACUGGGACUGUGGGAGGUGGAGGAGCAGCAGCAGCCACAAAAGGAAGAGGAGGUCCCACAGCGGCGUUGGCGAGAGCAAGCGCUGCAGGUUCGAUGCCGCGAAAGCUUCUGACGGCUAUUAUUUGGAAAGCAGAUCUAUAAAUGAGAAGGAUUAUCAUAGUCGACGUUACAUUGAUGAAUACAGAAACGACUACUGUCAAGGAUGGGAUUCUGGACGUCGCCAUCAAGACCAUGAAAGCAGAUAUCAGAACCAUAGUAGCAAAUCCUCUGGUAGAAGUGGAAGAAGUAGUUAUAAAAGUAAACACAGGACUCACCACAGUACUUCUCAUCAUCAUUCACAUGGGAAGAGUCACCGAAGGAAAAGAACCAGGAGUGUAGAGGAUGAUGAGGAGGGUCACCUGAUCUGUCAGAGUGGAGACGUACUAAGUGCAAGAUAUGAAAUUGUUGAUACUUUAGGUGAAGGAGCUUUUGGAAAAGUUGUGGAGUGCAUCGAUCAUGGAGUGGGAGGUAGACAUGUAGCAGUAAAAAUAGUUAAAAAUGUGGAUAGAUAUUCUGAAGCUGCUCGCUCAGAAAUUCAGGUUCUGGAACACUUAAAUACAACGGACCCCAGCAGUACUUUCCGCUGUGUGCAGAUGCUGGAAUGGUUUGAGCAUCAUGGUCACAUUUGCAUUGUGUUUGAACUGCUGGGGCUCAGUACUUACGACUUCAUUAAGGAAAAUGGAUUUCUACCCUUUUGCCUAGAUCACAUCAGGAAGAUGGCCUAUCAGAUAUGCAAGUCUGUGAACUUUUUGCACAGUAAUAAAUUGACUCACACAGACUUAAAGCCUGAAAACAUCUUAUUUGUGCAGUCCGACUACACAGAGGCAUAUAAUCCCAAAAUGAAACGUGAUGAACGCACCUUAAUAAAUCCAGAUAUUAAAGUUGUAGACUUUGGGAGUGCAACCUAUGAUGAUGAGCAUCACAGUACAUUGGUGUCGACCAGGCAUUACAGAGCACCUGAAGUUAUUUUAGCCCUGGGGUGGUCGCAGCCGUGUGAUGUCUGGAGCAUCGGGUGCAUUCUCAUCGAGUACUACCUGGGGUUCACAGUAUUCCCAACACAUGAUAGUAAGGAGCACUUAGCAAUGAUGGAAAGGAUUCUUGGACCGCUGCCAGAACAUAUGAUACAGAAGACCCGGAAACGUAAAUAUUUCCAUCAUGACCGGUUGGACUGGGAUGAGCACAGUUCUGCUGGCAGAUAUGUCUCACGGCGCUGUAAACCCCUGAAGGAAUUUAUGCUUUCUCAGGAUGCCGAACAUGAGCUUCUCUUUGACCUCAUUCAGAAGAUGCUGGAGUAUGAUCCAGUGAAAAGAAUCACGCUCAAAGAAGCCCUAAAGCACCCUUUCUUUUACCCACUUAAAAAAAAUAGCUAAGUAUGUAAUUGUAUAGUUCUCUUGCAGAAAUAUGACAGACUGUAUCAGUCUAGUUCUAAAUACUAAGUUAUUUCAUACAGCUUUGUAAAUUUCUUAUAUUUUUGUAUUGCUUGCUACUGUUUGGGUAAUUUAAGUACCUAGAGCUAAGUAAAGAAUGUCUUUCAGCAAUUAUAAAACAAUUUAUUCAGAAUAAACUUUGUGCAUAAUACAGUUUA